AUGGAGUGCACCGACAAGGAACGCCUCGCUUGUGUGACUUUUCAAUUAACGGGGCCCGCAGAUUUUUGGUGGGAUACCAAGCUAAGGACCAUGAACCCUGAACGCCGUGAAGUGCUUACUUGGGAGAUAUUCAAGGAAGAGGUGUACAAUAAGUACGUUCCCAUGAGCUAUAGGCGAGCAAAGGUAGUUGAAUUCCAUACUUUAAAGCAAGGGAAUAUGACGGUGACAGAGUACGACCGUGCACUGUGUGAAAUUACUCGAUAUGCUCCCGAGUUGGUGGAUACAGAUGAGAAAAUGGCAGAAAAGUUACGUGCUGGUCUCAAGCACGAAAUAAGAGUAGCAGUGGCAAGUCGCAGAGGACUUUCAUAUUCUGAGAUUUUGGCUUGUGCAUUAGACGUGGAAGAAGCGUUGCCUAAGGAGAUGACAGUAGCAAAUACUACACCAGUGCCACUUCAACAACAUAAUUUCAGAGAUAAGAGGAAAUGGGAUGGAGAUCGGACUCCAUAUGAUAACAAGAGGCAGCAACCCAUCAGAAACCCACCGCAAUAUGGAGGUAGGCAGAGUGCUCCCUAUCAGAGGGGUGACUUCCGGCCUAGAGCCCUCCAGUGUGCUAAGUGCUUUAAAAACCAUUUUGGGGAGUGCAGAGAAAAGAGCAAUAAAUGCUACACUUGUGGUGGAAAUGGCCACUUCUCAAGAGAAUGCCCGAGUAAGAUUAUGGGGAUGGGAGCAGGACAGAACAAUCAAGGGUUCCGUCCGCAAGUGCGGGCACUACAAGCCGAACCGAGGGGAUACUUACCCGCACCACAGCAGCAGCAGCAACAACGUCGUCAAGGACUUCCCACUCAGGCAAGCGCAUAUGCUUUAAAAGGGAAACAGUCGACGAACCAGCAAGGGAAUCAAGAGCAAGGAAACUUGGCAGGUAUGGGCACGCUCCUCGACAUGCCUAUUGUUGUUUUAUUUGAUACGGGUGCAUCACAUUCUUUUAUAUCAGCAUCAUGUGUGAAUACUUUAGAACUGCCUAUCAAUAGAACUGAACAAAGAAUGAGUGUGACUUCACCCGUAGGAGGAACUAUAGAUAUUUCACAAAUUUGCUCGAAUGUAGAAUUUACUAUGGGAGAACUUAAGCUAGUUGCACACAAAUUACAAGUUAUGUCGAUGGGGAGUGUAGAUAUAAUUUUGGGAAUGGAUUGGUUGGCCGAGAAUCAUGUUACCAUUCACUGCAAAGAGAGAGAGAGAUCUCUUUUCAAACCCCGGGAAAUGAGCCGACUAUAUUUUAUGGGAUAUCUACGAAUCGACGCAAGUCCAUAA